GAGACGCAGACAGAGAGAAAGAGAGAGAGGAGGGUCCCUAGAACUGGGGAGUUGGAUAGACACAGAGAGAGACACAAGAAAAAGUUAAAACGAAGAGUGAGAGGAAGAAUUGGAGGGGAGAGACUGUAUCCCCUCUCGUCUCCCCUGUAUCUCUGGAGGGAGCUAUGGCGGAUAACAGCACUCAUCCCAUUGUGGACAUACUGGAGUCCUUCGAACUGAGGGAUGUGAUUUUGGCCUUCUGUCUUUCUAUGGUUGUUGGUCUUCUGCUGGGAGCUGUGGUCUAUAUGAUCUUGACCUGGAUGUCUCGCCGACAGGCAUCAGCCACCAUCACGCGUGUAUCCAUCCACCAGUCCCGCUCCACCACCCGUUCAUCCUCACCACGCUCUCGGCCAGGCUACAGUCGGCACAGCAGUGGCUUCGACCGACGCAGCAAUAACAGUCUGGCCAGCGCUGCCUUCUCCUUCCAUCGGCAAACCUCGUCCUCACCGAUAGACUAUGGUGACUCACCGGGCCGCAAAUCAAGCUUCCGGGCCUCUACCUUUCAUCCUCUUCUUCAGUGUAGCCAGAUUGCUCGCGAGGCAGAGGAAGGUGCCCAGGGUAGCCUGCCACGAACCCCCACUCUCACUACCAGCCCUGGGGCGGCUGGAUCAACCAGCACUGUCUGUUCUAUGGUCACCCCACCCCGGGCCAGAACCCGACCGGAUUCCUUCUGGGGCAACAACAAUCUAAGGGGCUUCCAUGCUGGCCAGACUCCACCACCUGCCUACGAGAGCAUCAUACGAGCCUAUCAGGAGACGACCACGUGAAGGAAGGGGACAUACUACAGUUAUGGGAGAAGAUAUACAUGCAUUAAUAUAGACUUGGACUGGAAUAUUGGACAACUGAAAGCAAUAUUGAUGGAACUUAAACUGACAUGGCCAGUUUUUUAAAACUUGUAUGUGUUCAUUUGUGUAUAUGUGCAUAUUUCUAUUUGUUCAUAAGUGUGGAAAGUCAAUCGGAAAUAUCAGAAAGUGUUUGAAAGAGAGAGUGAGAUGAGUUUUUUGUUUCUAGAGGUUGAUUCAAAAAAGCCAAAAGACUGUAAUGUCUACAGUAUAUGUUUGU